AUGGAACACAUCUCCGUGUACGGCGAGGGUAACGAGAGGCGGCUCACCGGCCACCACGAGACCGCGCCCAUCACCAAGUUCUCCUACGGCGUCGCCAACCGAGGUGCGUCCAUCCGCAUUCCCCGCCACACGUUCGAGAAGCAGCGCGGCUACAUCGAGGAUCGUCGCCCCGCCUCCAACGUCGAUCCCUACCCCGCCUCUGCCCGCCUCAUGCAGACCAUCCUCCUCGACCCCUAG